AUGGAUGAAAUCAGGCUUGCCGAAAUGCGCGCGUUGGGUGAGCAGAACGAGGAAACAAGAGGACAGUGGUAUACUAUCGCGGUAAGCCUGUACUGGUACGCAAGGAGCAUGACCGGGAUGGUUACUGAUGCCAGGACAGGCAGUCGCCGUGGCCGCGGCGGGGGAGGUGGCGAUGUAGUAAAGAUCUACCAGAUGGCAACGGCUGGAUUGGGUGUGGAAGAGGAGAAACAGGUCCAGCGGCGUCUCAAGGAGGCGAUCCUCAAGACCAGCAUUCUAUAUGGAAUACCAAAGUCGCUGCAGGCGCUUCUCCCUUUGUUUGCGACCCUCGACAACGAUCGGAUUGAUCAUUACGGGCCUCGGACCGAAAAAAAGAACAACAAGGAGCCUCUGUCUGUCCGGCAGGAACGGGCUCGAGCAUACUUUGACACCCUCUGGACUCCGGCUGCGGCGCAGGCGAAUCGAGAGAAAAACUUCAAGUACCAGCCUGACCUCUAUCUGCUGAACCUCGAGAUGAUAUACGAGCUGUGGAUCAGCGAGACCGACAUUCUAGAUCCGGUGGAAACGCAGUGCUGCAAUGCAGUUGCCUUGAUCUGCUCUGGCUCCCCAGUGCAAGCCAUGUGGCAUACAAGAGGGAUCGUGCGCCAUGGAGGGACACUGCCGGUGGCCAAGUUUGCGCUGGGGAUUGGACUGGGUGUAGCCGAAAUGUACGGUCUUGACACUGAAAAGGUGGUGAAAGUUGAUGACAUUCCCUUUGAUGACACAACACCACAUUGA